AGAGACUCUGGCUGACUCAGAGGUCGCUCCGAGUGCGGACGGCGGCUGCGUUACAGACCAAGUUCCAGCACCUUUCGGAGAGGCGCGUUUCGUUUUCGUUUUCCAGAAAGACAGCGAGCACCGCCUGGGCUGAAGGGGAAUUGGAUAGGAUUCUGCGCGCAUCCGGACGAUCCUGGCCCCGCGGUUUCCCCCUCCCCUCGCCUCCCCUUGUAAUGCAGGUUGAAGUGGCAGAUGGCUCUUUGACUCCUGUGGCCACAUCAGCUUUGUCAUUACCAUUGCACCCUACUUCGAAGGCAUCAGUAAAGUCGCUCUAUGAUGGACAAAUCUGCACUUUGCCAGGCCGACUCAGAAUCCAACCCUUUCUAUGGAACAAAGAUGAUGUGAUUCACUGGCUAAGAUGGGCUGAAAAAGAAUAUUCACUCCGGAAAUCUGAUGAUAGUAACUUUGAAAUGAAUGGAAAAGCCCUUUGUAUUCUCACCAAGGAAGAUUUCAAAUUUCGGGCUCCUAAUUCAGGAGAUGUAUUAUAUGAAUUACUCCAAUACAUAAAGACCCAGAGAAGAGCCCUUGUGUGUAGCCCUCUCUUUAACAUUUCCUUUUGGGAUGCAGACCAUAACCUGACCCAGAGCACUGCAGAAGGUACCAAGUGCAAUUUAGAAGAUUUCCCAGCUAAGGUCCCUGUGUUGCCUUCAGAAUAUCCAACGACCUUCACUAGUCAUGAAGGUUACUCGAACUCAUCUCAGUCUUUCACCAAGACACUGUCUACUCCUGGGAUGACACCUCUUGCUUAUAGCAACCCAGAGAUCAGCCAUGGUGGAAACAUUUGCUCUUUUCCUGUAAAAUCUGCUGCUCUGGUCAGGGGAAAAAUAUCAGACUGUAGGUUACUUUUGGAUUACAUCUACCGGCUCCUCUCUGAUAGCCAGUAUGAAUCAGUUAUCAAGUGGGAAGACAAAGAAACCAAGAUCUUUCGGGUUGUAAAUCCCCGUGGCCUUGCUGGACUCUGGGGUAAUCACAAGAACCGAAGGAAUAUGACAUAUGAGAAGAUGUCAAGAGCGUUGAGGCAUUAUUAUAAACUCAACCUCAUCAAAAAGGAAGCUGGGCAGAAAUUAUUAUUCAGAUUCCUAAAAGUUCCUGGAGAAAUAAAACAGUACACAACCAGUAAAUUGGAGUAGCUGAACAGUGAAGAGCAGAAAGGAGAGGACUCAAAAAAUUUACCAGAAAUUUCAUUGUAGACAUUUGGCAAUUUUGCCAUGCCAUAGUGGCAUCAAGAGCUUGUGUGGGAAAAUAUUUGAUGUCUAUAUGAAGACAGAAAACAAAACAAGGCCUUGGGGAAUUGUGCAUCCUGCAAAUUAAAUGCAAAGAACUAAUCCAUUGGAUUUCUGCUGUCAAACGUAAUAGAAGCAUUUGUGUAAAACAGAAGUUUUAAACUGAAUGUGCAAAUCAGUUCUAGUUCCUCUGUCAGUCAUGCUGCUGUAGAAUUUCUUAGUAUACUCAAAGAUACUCUCCUACCCAUGUUAAAAUAUCUUGUGGGAAAUUAAGAAGUUUUUCAUUUGGAAAAAAAACAACAACAGAAAGCCCCAUAUAUUUGCAGUGAUCAUUGUGU